AUGUUAGGUAUUAAAGAUUCAUAUGAAAAACAAGAGAAAAACGAGAUACUAAACACUUUUAACAAAUGUAUUUCAGUAAACGAAGAAGGCAGAUAUGAAAUAGGCCUAAUGUGGAAAGACAACUCCGAUUUAGACUCUAACUAUGAUCAAGCAUACCGAAGACUCAUGUCUACGACUAAGAAGUUAGAGAAUACAAAUAUUAUAAAGGAGUACGGUGAAGUAAUAAAAGAAUGGCAAAAGGAAGGUAUUAUAGAAGUAGUGAAAGAGGACAAUAUUAACGAGGGUCACUACUUACCACAUCAUGCUGUCAUCAAGUGGGACAGGGCCACAACCAAAAUAAGGCCAGUAUUUGAUGCUUCUUGUAAAGGAAAAAAUAAAAAGUCCUUGAAUGAUUGUAUCGAUAAAGGACCCAACCUUAUCGAAGAAAUACCUAAACUUUUAUUGAACUUUAGAUCAGGUGCUUAUGGAGUGACAGCAGAUAUAAAAAAGGCGUUUCUACAAAUUUCUAUCUCACCACAUGACCGAAAGUAUUUAAAGUUACUUUGGUGGAAAGAAAAUCAAAGAGAAAUUGUUACUUACCAACAUGCCAGAGUUCCUUUUGGAGUAGCAUGCAGCCCAUUCUUGUUAGCGGUAACUAUAUAUCAUCACUUAGAGAAAGAAAAAAAUACUUUCGAAGCCACGGCGAAGAGACUUAGAGAUUCGUUUUAUGUAGACAACUGCGUCACCAGUUUUGACACUCCUGAAGAAGUUAAAAGUUUCGAAGAGGAAGCAAAAGUAUUAAUGAUGAAAGGGAAAUUUGAACUAAGAGCUUGGAUGACAAAUUCAACCCAAGAAGUAGAUCCAGUUUCAGUUUUAGGAGUGCAAUGGAACAGAUACGCAGACGAUUUAUGUUGUAAUGUAAAUAUAAAAUCUGUACCUGAACGAAUAACAAAGAGGGACCUACUGUCUAUAACCCAACAGAUAUUUGACCCGAUAGGUUUUCUAUCACCUGUUACUCUA